CCUCCCUCUGCUCAUCUGGAUAAAUGACCCAGGCUCUGUCAGAGCCCAUUAUUGCCCUCAGAAGCUGAUGGAGCUGUGAUUUGGUCCUGUGGAUUUCAAUAGAGACCCUUACUUGCCAGGUGCUGAGACAAACCAACUAUGAAAAACCCUAAUGACAUUAUGUGUUCAGUAUCAUCAAGAGAUGCUCCACUUCUUGGGAAAGUCUCUGAUUUGGAUCAGCAGGUGUGGAUCCUUCAGGGUCAGUCCCUAGUGUCAGUUCCACGGAGUAAUGAUGUUGCAUCAGUCACCAUCACUGUUCUGACAUGCAAGUAUCCAGAGUCCCUUGAGAAAGGCAAAGGAACUCCCAUUUAUCUAGGAAUCCAAAAUCCAGAUAUGUGUCUGUGCUGUGAGGACAUAGAAGGACAACCCACACUGCUGCUGAAGGAGCAGAGGAUUUUGGAUCUGUACAACCAGCCUGAGCCUGUGAAGCCCUUCCUUUUCUACCACUCCCGCACAGGGACAACCUCCACCUUUGAGUCUGUGGCCUUUCCUGACUGGUUCAUCGCCUCUUCCACGAAAGACAAUCCUAUCUUCCUCACUGCAGACCUGGGAAAAUCAUACAACACAAACUUCAAUUUACGUAUGGAAGCUUGAAUUCAGACUGGAGAUGGUAGUUUGAUUCUUAAAAUUCAAAGUCCCAACUGUGUUUUCAUCAAUAUGAACUCAGGGCUAUUUUUGUACCAGGGCUGAAAGAAGACAGCAACUGCUAUCAUCAUUUCAUGUUCUAGGUGAAGAAGCAAGGGGUUUGUGUCCAUGAAAAGCCAGAAAGUGAAAACAGAACAGGGAUGUGGUGGUGUGUGGUUCUCCUCUCUAGCAGAAGUUUGCAGCCCACCGGAUAUUAUGCAUGAGAAAUGUUGCACUGUGCUAUGGUGAAUGAAGCCGCAGGAGGCCAUGUGAAUAGUGACACCCUAAUUUUCAGGUCAUUUGUUUUGUGCAUAUAUGAAUCUUAUAAACUCAUUAUACCAAAUAUUCUUGCGUUUGUGUCGUGUGGAAUCCAGGCUGACGUUCACUGCAAACAUGGUUUCUUUGGACCUUUAGAAGGUGGACACCACAUGGGGCUGGUUGUACGAGGGUAGGGACUUGUUGAUUCUGGGAGGAACUACCAGUUUUAGAAUGACUAAAUCUCCUAUAAGUGGAAUGUGUGCUUCUGUAAGCCAGACUUUAAGACAUUUCCUGUUAACCGUCCGAUGACUGGGUAUGGUGCUGGACAGACUGCUUUUCCCACCUCACCCUCAGAGAUCAAAGAACGAGGAUUAUAAUUAAGACUAUAUGGCAAUAAAAUAUUAAGUUUUGUUGCUUAGACUUUUAAAAGAAGUAGUAAUGUUCUUGACAAAACAGUGCAUGUGUAUGUUCAAAAGAAAUCUUUCCUGUCCUCAUCCUAUUUCUUUCCAUGAAGUGGCUUCUCGGUUUUGGCUUUUUUUCCCUCAUGUUUUCCUCCAUAUAUCUCUAGGUAUGAGGUUUUGUUUUCAUUUCACAUAUUACCAAUUGUAGGCAUUAUUUUUUCUACCAAAUAGAUGUUG